AUAUCUAUAUCUAUAUAUGAAGGCCUCACCUCUCUUUUACUAUCUCUUUAGAUAGAUAAUAAAGACUCUCCCUUGGGGAAGAAAUACAGAGACAGACACAGUCAGUCUCUCUCUCUCUCUCUCACACACCCUCGCAUACUAAUACCAAUCCUAGCUUUUAGCCAAAGGGAUGAGAACGAGAAGGGGGCUUUGUUAUCCCAGAGUUGUUGUGAAUCACCAUACUAAUAAUAAUACUAAUACAAAUACUAAUACUAGCAGCAGCAGCAGCAUGGCCAAAGCGGCGGUCAAGAGGAGAAGAGACGGUGGAGAAGGAACCACCAAUGGUCGAAAGAAGAUCAAGUUGUCUUCGUCGUCCUCCUCCUCCUCCUCGUUGUCGUGGUGCUUUACCGGACGACAACAAGAACGAGGAGGAGGAAGGGUAGCGGUGUUGAAUGGUGGAGGAGAUUGCGACUUUUUUGAUGCUUUACCGGAUGAUCUACUUGUUUCUAUUCUCUGCAAACUCAGCUCCACCGCUACCUGCCCUUCUGAUUUUAUCAACGCUUUGAUCACAUGCAAGAGACUGAAUGGAUUAGGGCUUCAUUCAAUGGUAUUAUCCAAGGCCUCCCAGAAAAUGUUAGCGGUCAAAGCUAAUAACUGGUCCGACUCCGCCCACCGCUUCCUCAAACUCUGUGCCGAUUCCGGAAACGUCGAAGCUUGCUAUACUCUCGGCAUGAUUCGGUUCUAUUGUUUGCAAAACCGCGGGAGCGGAGCCUCGCUGAUGGCCAAGGCUGCCAUUAGCUCCCACGCGCCCGCUCUUUACUCCCUCUCCGUCAUUCAGUUCAACGGCAGCGGCGGCUCCAAGACCGAUAAGGAUCUCCGAGCCGGCGUUGCUCUCUGCGCCCGCGCUGCCUUCCUCGGCCACAUUGAUGCCCUCCGGGAGCUCGGUCACUGCCUCCAGGACGGCUACGGCGUCAAGCAAAACGUUUCCGAGGGCCGCCGGUUUCUUGUCCAAGCCAACGCGCGUGAGCUCGCCGCCGUCCUCUCCACCUCCCCCUCCGCCUCCGCAUUAACCUCCAGCAAUUGGCUUACCUGGAAUCCCCUGUCGCACCACCGCCACUCCCCCGGCUCAGGAGGGUGUCCGCUCUUGAGCGAUUUCGGAUGUAAUGUUCCGGCUCCGGAGGCUCAUCCGGCCAGCCGGUUCUUGACGGAGUGGUUUGCAGCUCGGGGCGGGAGUCCGGGUCCGGGUCUAAGACUGUGCUCGCAUUCGGGUUGCGGAAGACCCGAGACUCGAAGGCACGAGUUCCGGAGGUGCUCUGUUUGCGGAGCUGUCAACUAUUGCUCGCGCGCUUGUCAAGCGCUUGAUUGGAAGAUGCGGCACAAGGCGGAGUGUGCACCGGUCGAGAGGUGGCUGGAUGAGGACGGAGAAAAUGAAGGGAACGGCAAUGGAAACGGAAAUGAUAACGGUGACGGGGUGGUCAACGGAGGUGGCAACCAGGUUUAUGAUAAUGAUGAUGAUGUGGUGAUGGCGGAGAGUUAGGAGAUGAGUCGACGGUGUGAGUGGAGGACGACUGUGAAGGUGACGGUAACGGCACGUGAGUCUGAAAAAAUGAGGGUGGGGUUGACGGAAAUGUUUUACAGAGCAAGAAAAUUGAGGACAGAUAGGCAAUUUUUUGGGUGGAAAGAACUUUGAACUCCGCAGCAAUGUUUUUUUGUUUUGUUUUUUUUUUGGGGUGUAUAGAGUAAACGAAGUUCGGAGUCUGGUUUCAAAUGGACGGCUCUCUCUUUCUCUCUC